AUGGUCCCAGUCUCCACCCUCCGGGAAACCUUGUUCCUCGUCAUAUUCGGCAUUGUCCUUGUGCCAAUAGCUGCAAAGCGUGCACAGGAUGCACCUGGCUAUUGGAAGGCUUUCGCCGGCAACGCACAGGCCUUGGCUCACUCUAACUCGCAACCGCCUCUCCUGGCCUUCGUGCUGUGCACCAGCUGCGGUGAUGCCGCAUCCGCCGGUCGUCAUGUAAAGCCGUACACAUUGCGGAAUGGGACCACCUCGGCAACCAUAGAGCCUCGCCCAGGGGCUACAGAGCCAUUGACGCUUCGCCUCCGACUGUCCAAGUCCAAACCCGAAGACCCUACUGCCACGACCCAGGUCGUUGCGGAGGCAAACGCCGCGAAGGUGUCGACCGGGACCUUGGCCGGGCCCAAGAUCACGCAAUAA